UCAGUGAUGAAUACAAGGGGAUGGUGGUACCAGGGAACAGCGCUGGGGCCGGGGCUGAGGGUCCCGGGAAGCUGCAAAGGGCAGGAAUCGCUGCAUCAGGAGAGUACCCGCAGGGGGGCGGUGGGGGCGCAGCAGAGGGGCACGGGCAGCCCCCGGCCCCUCUCCAGGGAGGGCUGCGCCGGUUCCCCUCCCCCUGCGGGGCCGCCCCCUGCGCUGCGGCGGUCGCGUCUGCGCGGGGGAGGGCGGUGGGGGGGCCGUCCCUCCGCGCAUCUUUCCAUUCCCCUUCGCGUCCGUGCUCGCGCCCCUCCGUGCAUCCCUUCAGUCCCUCUUGCAUCCUUCUGUCCCUCUGCGCAUCCCUCCUUGCGCCCCUCCGUCCCUCCGCGCACCCCUCCAUGCCCCCUUGCAUCUCUCCGUCCCUCUGAGAGUCCAUCUGUGCACCCCUCUGUCCUCCCACAGUUGCCUCUGCGCAUACCUCCUUGCACCCCUCUAUUCCUCCGCGCAUCCCUCCUCGCCUCUAAGUUCCUCUGCCCAUCCCUCUAUUCCCGCUUGCAUCCCUUCAUCCGCACAUCCCUCCUCUCAUCCGUCCCUGCAUCUCUCCGUGCCUCCGCACAUCCCUCUGCGCAUCCAUCCGCGCAUCCCUGCAUCCCCCCGUGGCCCUGGCACCGGCGGGGCCGCAUGGCGGGGCGGCCGCGCUUCCUCUGCGGUGUGGUGGAAGGUUUCUAUGGGAGACCGUGGUCUAUGGAACAGAGGAAGCUUCUCUUUCAAUGGCUGAAACGGUGGGGGCUGAACUGCUACAUGUAUGCGCCCAAGGAUGAGCUGAAGCAUCGGCUGCUCUGGCGAGAGCCCUACACAGACCCUGAGGCAGCCCAGAUGCAGUCUCUCAUCAAAGCCGCCCAGGAGCAGGGUGUGGAGUUUGUUUUCGCCAUUUCUGCUGGCCAGGACAUGGUGUUUUCGAGCGCUGGGGACCGGCGCCUGCUGCUGCAAAAACUCAGGCAGGUGGCUGCCCUGGGGUGCCGCUCCUUCGCACUGCUCUUUGAUGACAUCGACCCCUGCAUGUGCCAAGCUGACAGAGACGUCUUCCCCUCCCUGGCUCAGGCUCAAGCCUCUGUGGCCAACGAGGUGUACCAGGAACUGGGCCAACCCUCCGUCUUCCUCUUCUGCCCUACAGAGUACUGCAGCUCUCUCUGCUCUCCCAGCCCCAGCCAGUCAUGCUAUUUGCUGACCCUCGGCCAGGAGCUGCUCCUGGCGAUUGGUGUCAUCUGGACAGGCCCAAAGGUGGUGUCACAAGAGCUCUCAGCCACACAGCUGGAGGAGGUGGAGGGUGUCCUGCGGCGCCGCCCCAUCAUCUGGGACAAUCUGUAUGCCAACGACUAUGACUGUAGACGAGUCUUCAUGGGCCCCUACACGGGCCGUGCACCUGGCCUCAUGCCCAGGCUCAAUGGACUGCUCCUCAACCCCAACUGUGAGCUCCAGGCCAACUUCAUCCCCAUACACACACUGGGAAGCUGGUUUCGGAGCGAGCUGGGGAGCUGUGCCCACACCAAUCACACAGGGAACAAUUCCUUAGGAAUGGAGACCGUGGCAGCCCCGAGGAGCAGCCAAGGUCCACGGGAUGGAAGCUACAGCCCCCAGGAAGCCUUGGAACAGGCGUUGCUUGACUGGGUGGCCGAGAUAAACCGGCAAGCCUUGGAAUCAGGAGGAAGGCCCCGGGGACCCCCCAGCAUCAGCCUCAAGGGAGGGACAAGGUUGCAGCCCAGCGCAAUGGGGGGAUGGGAGGCCACGCUGAACCCCCAGCCCCACAGCUCUGCUCCCAGCGGGACAGACCAGCACAGCCCCGAGCCCUGCGCCGUGGCACAUGGGGAUGCAAGGACAGAGGUGACCUCGGAGCCCGGGAAGGGCAGUGAGAGCAGGAGCUCUGCCGGUGAUUGGCAAAGUGCCACAGGGGACGAGGACCAGCUUGCCAUGGGGAGCCGAGCGUGUGGUGAGCCCUCCUCCGCUCUGCCCAGCACCACUGGGAGUGCCCAGUCCGCAGGAAUCCUGGUGGAUGCUGAGACCCUCCACAGCCCAGGUGGUGCGAAGUGCUGCAGCCAUGCCAGCCAGAGCCUUCCCCUGCCCACCGGAGAUGCCAGGAGAGGGGGUUGCAGCGCCCCCGAGAUCUCCAGCAGCAUCCAGCCUGAGGCCAGCGGGGGUGACAUCCCCCAGCCACCCCCAGGGCCUGGGGCUGCCACCAGCCCUAGCCCCCCAACACUACUGACCCCAAAAGAAGCUGGGUCCAGCUCCAUGGCUCUGAUGACCCUGGAGGAAGCUGGAUCUGGCCUCAUGGCACUGCUGACCACAGAGGAGACUGGGUCCAUCCCCACGGCACCAAUGACCAUGGAGGAGGCUGGAUCCAUCCCCACGGCACCAAUGACCAUGGAGGAGGCUGGGUCCAUCCCCACGGCACCAAUGACCAUGGAGGAGACUGGGUCCAUCCCCACGGCACCAAUGACCAUGGAGGAGGCUGGGUCCAUCCCCACGGCACCAAUGACCAUGGAGGAGGCUGGGUCCAUUCCCACAGCACCGCUGACCCUAGAGGAAGCUGGAUCCAUCCCCACAGCACCAAUGACCAUGGAGGAGGCUGGGUCCAUUCUCACAGCACCGCUGACCCUAGAGGAAGCUGGAUCCAUCCCCACGGCACCACUGACCAUGGAGGAAGCUAGGUCCAUCGCCAUGGCACCGCUGACCACGGAGGAGGCUGGGUCCAUCCCCACGGCACCGCUGACCAUGGAGGAAGCUGGGUCCAUCGCCAUGGCACCACUGACCCCAGAGGAGGCUGGAUCCAUUCCAUCGGCACUGCUCACUGUGGAGGAGGCUGGGUCCAUCCCCACAGCACCGCUGACCCUAGAGGAGGCUGGGUCCAUCCCCACAGCACCGCUGACUGCAGAGGAGGAUGAGUCCAUCCCCGUGGCACCGCUGACUCUGGGGGAAGUGCGGAUGCUCGUGGAGCUCUUCUACCUGCCCUACCACCAUGGGCCACAGGCACAGCAUCUCCUGGAGCACUUUCGUUGGCUCCGAGCAAACAGCCUCAGUGUGGGGGUCCCGACCACAGCACCCAAUGCUUGUGGGGGCACAUGCUGGCGUGGUCGAGCCCAGUCCUUCCAGCAGCUCUGCGCUCAGACCUGCCGCCUGCACAGCCGCUUCGUCAGCAGCACCGGACGGGCACUGCUCUAUGACCUCCAUCCCUACCUCUGGGACAUCCGCAACAUGCUGCUGGCUGCCAGUGCCUUUGUCCUCUGGCUGGAUGGCCAUCUCCUCUGUGACCCUGACCCCAAAGGCACGUGGGGAAGCUGUUUCGGCUGGUGCCAGAGCAUCACAGCCCCAGUCUUGUUGCGGGGGGACGCUGAGCCCUGGGCGCGUCGCGGGGGCCUCUUUGGAGAGCUGCAGGCUCUGCUGCCUGUGGGGAACAGCUGUGACCUCUUCUACCAUCCUCCACCACUCUUCCCAUCCAGCCAGCUGUACGUCCUGCGCCCGCUGCUGCCCCUGGACAAGGCUGAGCUUUACCGGAUGUGCCGGGAGAGCUUGGACUGUGACCCCAAAGUUGCUGACAUCCUCACGGCCCAUCCUGAUCUCCUCGGUGACCGACUGCUGGGCAGUUUCCUGAGCCUGAGCCCCGAGUACACCUUCGUGCUGGAGGAUGAAGAUGGUCCAUGUGGCUAUGCAGCUGGGGCACUCUGCGCUGAAGGCUUCCUGCAGCAGCGGAACAGUGGCUGGCUGCCGGCCAUGCGGCACAAGUACCCCCGUGAGCUGGACGCAGGCUCCCCAGCACUGGGACAGGAUGCCCUGGAGGAAGCACUGCUCUUCUUCCACACGGAGCCUCCAGCCAUGCCCCUGCCUGUGCUGCGGCGCUUCCCAUCGCUGGUGCAGUUAGGCACCGCGCCCCGCGUGCUGGACGCGGGCGUCAGCCGCAGCCUGGCCGUCUGCCUGCUGAGCGCGCUCAGGGCCAACGGGUCACGAGGAGUGUUUUGCCAGGUCAGCGCCAGUGACCGGCAGCAGCUGAGCUUCUACAGCAAGCUGGGCUUUGUCGUGCUGCCCGUGUCCUGGGGCAGCUUCCCCAGAGUGCAGCUCCUGGGACGCCUCCUCUGAGCAUGUGGGGGCUGUCCCAUGGGGCAGGCUGACCCCCAUCCAUGCAGCACAGUCCCGAGGGUGCAGGAGCAGGGGGGGCACCAUGAGCAGGGAGGUACAGGCAAUGGGGGACAUGGCCUGGACGGGGGGCAGGAUGUCCCGGGUAUCUGAGGGUCUGUGGGUGGCAUCUCGGGAGAUUUGGGCAUCAGGGCCUCUCCACUCCUCCUGGAAGUGUUCCUGCUUGCUGAGCACCUUCCACUAUCUCUGGGGCACCAGCAGCACCCCCAGGCUGCCUGCGGACCACGAGCCUGGCCUGGAGCCACACGGGCAGUGGUCUCAGAGCACAGCAGAGCGCAGCAGCACCUGGGAUGGUCUCUGUCCUGCAGCUGGGCUGCUCGGCUCUGCAUCCCCCAGGCUGGGCACCCGGUGCCAGAGCUGGCCCUCGGCUCCCAGGACUGAUGCAGUACGGGACACAGUGAGGCAGCAUCCAUCCCUGCUGCCCAGGGGCUGAGGAAAGCGCUGACCUUCGCAAUAAAAGUGUUUGCUGGGCUCUCACUGCGGCUCCUCUCCUGGUGGAAGCACUGGGGUACCAGCGUGUCCCUCUCCCCACCUCACGCCCACAGUUGCGGGACGUGUCACUGCAAAUGAAGCAGCUCCCCAUGCGUGUACCUCUCAGCCUUGGUGCCUCCCGCACGGUGCUCCAGUACAGAGCUGCAGGAGCUGGCAGCUUCCCGCGGGUCCAGGGCUCCGUUGCAGUAUGUGACACCUGGAGCCCGGGUCUUUCCUUUGGAUACGGCUGCCGUGGGGGUCUGGGAGCCGCUGCACGUCCAGGACAGGGGGGGAUGGCCAAGGGGCACGGCUGUCCCGCAUGCAGGAUGUGACCCCCUGGACCUGGGGCUUCCCCUUGGACCCAGCUGCUG